AGUGUUCUACGAGAAGUGGCGCGCGAGCGUCGACGGCAGCGACUACGAAAAAGAGAAAAUGAGGUCGGAUCUCCGUCGCGGUGCCAUUUAACGGACUCCGUGGAAAAAUGCAUACCGAGUGGCAAAAGGGCGAGCUCGUUUGGUUCGACCCAGGUGUCGGCCAUGUUCUUCCCGGAGAGGUCCUCGAGUAUCACAGAGCAGCCAACGUCCUGUCGGUCCAGGCCCUCAUUGCCGGAAAGCCACAAAUAUUUACGCUCACGAAUCUCACUGGGGUUAAGCCUAGACAAGACUUAGGUCAAAAUGGCGUUGAAGACAUGAUUCAACUUAGUGACUUAAACGAGGCUUCUCUUCUCUGGAAUCUCAAGAUACGCUAUGACAAAGAACUUAUUUACACGUAUACCGGGAGUAUCCUAGUCGCCGUCAAUCCAUACAAAAUGUUUGAUAUUUACGGCCUAGACCAAGUCAAGCUUUAUGAAGGAAGAAUACUGGGGACUUUACCACCGCACUUAUUCGCCGUGGGUUCGUCGGCAUACAGCCAAGUGAGCGCAGCGAACAAUGCCAGCGCUAAUCAGGUGGUUGUGAUUUCCGGCGAGUCCGGUUCCGGCAAAACCGAGUCGACGAAGCUCGUGAUGCAGUACCUGGCAGCCGUCAACCGAGCACCCAGUAACCUCGUCACGGAGCAGAUCCUCGAGGCCGCGCCGCUUUUGGAGAGCUUCGGCAACGCCAAGACGCCGAGGAACGACAACAGCAGCCGAUUCGGCAAAUACCUCGAGGUCUUCUUCCGAGAUGGUGUAAUUGUCGGAGGGAGAGUGACGCAAUAUCUUUUGGAGAAAAGCAGGAUUGUGACCCAAGCUACGGACGAACGGAAUUAUCAUGUCUUUUAUGAGCUUUUAGCGGGAUUAGAUCAGCAAUUGCGAGACAAAUAUGGGCUUCUAACUCCUGAUAAAUACUUCUACUUAAAUCAGGGUGGAAACUGCGAUAUUGAUGGGAAAAACGAUACCCAAGACUUUAAAGCGCUACUUUCGGCGAUGCAAGUCUUGGGUUUUACAUCCGAAGAACAAGACACAAUAUUUAAGAUUUUAAGCAGUGUGCUGCAUCUGGGAAACGUUUACUUUCAUCGUAAACAAAUGAGACACGGACAGGAGGGCGUGGAAGUCGGCUCCGACGCAGAAAUACGAUGGGCAGCCCAUCUUUUGCAAAUUAACUCGGAUGGAAUCAUACGGGCUCUAACAACAAAAACUACGGAAGCGCGAAACGAGCGAGUGUUAACGGCUUUGAAUAUCGAUCAAGCGCUAGACGCCCGUGACGCAUUCGCCAAGGCGCUCUAUAGCUCGCUGUUCUCUUGGUUGGUCGCACGAGUUAAUCACAUCGUCUACAAGGGAACGAAGCAAACCGCCGCCAUAUCCAUCCUCGACAUAUUCGGCUUCGAGAACUUCACGGAGAAUAGCUUCGAGCAGCUUUGUAUUAAUUACGCCAACGAGAAUCUGCACUUUUACUUCAACAAGCAUAUAUUCAAGUUGGAGCAACAGGAGUACGCCAAGGAGAAAAUCGACUGGACCACGAUAAAUUAUACCGAUAAUUUGCCAAUAAUUCACCUGAUCGCCAAGAAACCAGUAGGAAUUCUGCACCUUCUGGAUGAUGAAAGUAACUUUCCAAAAGCCACGGAUCUCUCAUUCCUUGAAAAAUGCCAUUAUAAUCAUGCACUGAGCGAAUUGUAUUCAAGGCCGCGAAUGAAUUCGGCCGAGUUUGCCAUCAGGCACUAUGCCGGCCAAGUUUGGUACAAUGUAGAUGGAUUUUUGGACAAGAAUCGAGACACUUUGAGACCCGAUGUCGUCGAGCUUUUAAUCAGCAGUAAAAUUAACAUGGUGAGCAAAAUGUUCCAGCACGUGAGAAACGCACACGAAGCCAAUAAAACAAUCAAUAAGCCGAAUGGCAGAUUCGUCACGAUGAAGCCAAGAACGCCGACGGUUUCGGCUCGCUUCCACGACAGCUUGCAGCAACUCCUAGAAUCCAUGUCCCAGUGUAAUCCCUGGUUCGUGCGGUGCAUCAAGCCCAACUCGGAGAAGGCCCCGAUGAAGUUCGACAUGCCUUGCGUCCUAGAGCAGCUGCGCUACACCGGCAUGCUCGAGACCAUCCGCAUCCGGAAGACUGGCUACCCAGUACGCCUGCCUUUUGCACACUUCGUCGACCGCUACCGCUAUCUCGUGUCCACGAGCUUACCUCGUGGCGCCCCAAACAAGGAGCUUUGCCGUAUAAUACUGGAGAAGGCCGCGCCCAUGGAGGCCCAGAUGCAAUACCAGCUCGGUCUCUCGAGGGUAUUCCUGCGCGAAUCCCUGGAACGAACCCUGGAGUACAACAGAGCCUUGAUAUUGGAGCGCGCUGCAAUUACCGUGCAGAGGUAUACAAGGGGCUUUCUCGCAAGGCGACGCUUCCUCAACAUAUCUCGUAGCACGGUACUCCUGCAGGCGGUAUACCGUGGAUAUCGUGAGAGAAAGAAGUUCCGGAGCCUGAGGCGUGCCACCAUAAUAGCCCAAAAACUCUAUCGAGGCCAGAAGCAACGCGAGAGGUUCAAGGUGCUCAAGGAGGAGAUGGCAAAGCGAGCGGAGAUCGAGAGGGCGAGCAGGGAACGCGCCAAGGCUAAGCAGCAGCGAGAGGAGCAGGAAAGGGCCUCGAGGGCCGUUGCCGGGGUCAAUCACCUGGAAAUACCAGCGGAACUCGCCUUCAUCUACAGCAAAUUAGACGACUGGCAACCGACUCAUUCCGAGAGGAACUUGAUCAAGGUAGUCGGAAGUGUGGUCCCAUUUAGCCUAAAUUACGUAUUACCACCAGACAUCGACCAAUAUCAAUUUUCCAAAUUCACCAACAUCUACUUCAAGAGCCAUAUCUUUGGCAUGAAACGCGAGCCAAUCAAAACGCCUUUCUUAGCCAAGGCUCGCGAUCAGGAUUACACGGAUUCCUUGAUGAUUUUCAAGCUGAUAUUGCGCUUCAUGAACGAGAAUAAUCUCAGCGGCAAAAGGGAACAGGCUCUCGGCGAUUAUAUAGUUAAUAAGGGCAUUGUAAAUGAGAAGUUACGCGACGAAAUCCUUUGUCAGCUGGCUAAUCAGACGUGGAAAAACGAGAACGACGCAAAUAAGGAAAGGGGCUGGCUCCUGUUAUCAAAUUGCUUGUCCGCUUUUCAUCCCAGUCGCACACUAUACAAAUACAUUUUAAAGUAUGUGUCAGAUCAUGCCUAUGAUGGGUAUAAAGCCUACUGUCAGCGCAAACUUUUGCAAGGCGAAAGAGUUUUACUUAAAACAGUCUACAAUAACCAAACAACCAUUCAACAAGUGCCAAGAACCUAUCCACCGUCUGUUUUGGAAUGGAGAGCUAAUCGAAACAGAGUUAAUAUGGCUUUGACUGUCGGCUUUUACGAUGGCGAGACGACAACCUGUGCAGUCGACUCGUGGACGACGUGCGAGGAGCUGGCGAACCUUGCCAUUCAGAAUCACGGGGUGGAGAACAACGGCUGGACGAUAACCUUGUGGAAUCAACUGGAGGGCAACGACGCCAUCGUCACCGAGACCAACGGCCUGGACUACGUCCUUGACCUCGUGUCCGAAAUGGAAUUGGCGCCGGCUUUCCCGGCCGCCAAGCACAUGUUCCUCGAGCAGCGGAAAAACAGUUUUCCGCCCAUCAAAAAGAGAGAGCACGCGCAGGUCAUCCGCGAACUGGAGCAGGAGGUGCUGCAGGAGGCCCCGCUGCUCAAGACCUUUCAGCCGCUCGAGAGGAAGAUCGUCGCGGUGCCUAAGGCCCUGGUGGACAAGCCCGUUGAGCCGGAAAUACAGUCGCCGAGGAGGCCUGUGGUGCCGCCGCCCCAGCCACCACUCGCCAAAGUACCAAUGCGCAAGCAGUCCCAUGAAGCUGUCCUAGAAUCGACGGUCGAGAUGGGCCUGUCGCGAAAGUCCGCGCUGAACGACCGCUACUUCGAGAAGGAAAAGCAGCGCAGCCGUAGCCUCGACAACCUCCUGCAGGCUGAGAUCAGCGGGGAGGACAUUGGCGUGGGCGGCGUGAGCCCUUCAGCGGUGAGCAAACUCGCGGAUCUCGGACUGUCCUCGUCCAAGCUGAACGAGCGCUAUCACAGCCUCGAGAGGAUCGGCGAGGUGCCGAGUGGCGGUAGCGCCGAGUACAUGACGAGGUCCGAGGUGCAAGUCGUACCCGAGCGCAAAUACAGCAGGAUGACCAGGAGCUCCGAGCCUAAUAUACUCGAAGAGGAGGACCUUACGCUCGACUUUGAGUAUCCGGAUAUACAGUCGGUCAGCCAGACCGGGAGGUCCGAGGACGACAAGAGUAGCUACAUAAGAUCGCAGACAAGAUUCAUCAAGUCCCAGUACCCAGGCAAACGAGCCCUGCCUGGAAGUCAAUCGAGCCGAGCUUACAUUGAGAAGAGCGAGUAUGGCGUGAAAUCGUCGGCGAUGUCGGACACAAGCGAGGCGCCAUCCUUAGCGUCCCAUGUGCGCCGGGUCCGGGUGCCGAGUCAAGCAUCCGACGUCGAUCAAUUCUUGGACGAGCUUUUCAUGCCCGUUCUCGACGGUAAUUUAGAUGAAUUAUCCGAUGCCAGGAGUCUCGCUGCCAGCAUCAAGGGAAUGAGAAACGCUGAUAAGAAUCUGGCUCGGAACACACAAGAUUUCAUCAACUCACUUAUACAUGACACGCCAAGAACUUCUACAAAUUCAGUUACGGCAGAGGAGCUGUCGAAGAAGAUCAAAGGCGGUGGAAAUAUGGAUAUACCUAAUCAGAACGGCGGCUUCAAUUACAGCCCCAUGAUGUCAUCGUCGAUGAUGAUGCCGAUUUUCGGCCCGACGCAACAAGUGCCAGCGCCACAGAGUCCGACUAUCAAUAUGGGUCCGGGAUUCGUCCCGGUACCGAUAUUCAACAUGCAAGGUCCCACCAUCCCGCAAUAUCCCAACUCACCACCCAGUCAAAACAAUGACAUGGCCGCCUACCAGCAGAAUCUUCAGAGGGCUUUCUUGCAGAGCGCUAUGGCUCAAAACAUACAGAUACAACAGCAAUUGCUCGCUCAGAAUCAAGCUCUUCAGCAACUCCUGGUUCAAAGUCCUAAUUCUAAUCAGCCGGCAUCGUUCCAAGAAGAUGGCGAUAUGCAGUCAUCAUCGGCAACGAAUGGACGGCAAGACACAGUGACGGUAAAAGCUCAGGUUCACCGCUCCCAGAGUCCGCCGAAAAAGUGUUUGGAUCCGUCUCGCAAGUCCGGCAUCGACUUUGGCGCCAGGAAAAUCAGCACCGAUAGAAAAAUUGCCAACUCGGUGGACGUAAAACGAAGUAGUGCUAAUAAAGGCAACGUUCAGAAUAAUUUCACAAAUGUAUUGAGCGAGCUCAAAAAUAGAAAAAGUAGCGUCGAAGGGCCAGCGAACGUCAAUAGUAAAGGAGUACCUCCUCCGCCGCCGAUGCCGCCACCACUUGAAUCUCACGAUCCAUCAGAAUCGCGACCCUUUAUCGAUCCUUACGGAAGAGCAAAGACCGUUCGCAUCGGCAAAUGGAGAUGGCCACCUCCGAGUGACUCCAAUGAGAUUCAAGGCCAAGACAGCUUCAUUGAAUUCAAAAUGCGACAACAACACCAGUUACGUAAAAUUACUCCUCAGUAUCAAGAGUAUCAGCAUGGAGAUAACGAGCCAAUGACUGAAGGUGGUGUCGAAUGGGAAGAAUUUGAAAUCGAGAACAUCGUUAACAGUGACGACAGAACUAUGGUUGUGCACUCAUCAGCGGCAGCCGUACGCAAUGAAAAUGGCUACAAAGAAGAAAGUGAGAAGAAAAAGAAAAAGAAAUCUGGAUUUGAAAUUGGCGCACAAAGGCCUUCGCCAGGUAGUAUCGGGAAGCUCAAACUAAGUUCGGAGAUGAGGCAGAGACUCGAGAAAGUAACGGCCAAUCACAGCGUUCGGUCGACCAAAACAACUGAGAAACCGGCUUUAUUGCGUGACGAUGGCAAAGUGAAGCGCCUUGAAGAUAAUAGGAAACUUCUUCUGGAACAGCAAUUAGGAGGAAGGUGGGAUGAUUACGCCUCGACGGCCGACGACACGCAAAGCGUCACGUCCAAAGGCACCACGGACAUGAUGACGCAGGCCCAAGUUGUGAAGACUCAGAUCGAAAGGAUGGAGCGGCCUGUGCCACCACCGCCACCCAUUACGCCCCCGCAGCCACCCAGUCCACGGGGCGGUAGUGCCUUCAACAACAGUCAGACCGGGGUCGCUCAACCCCGUUCACCGCCAGCACCGAUCGAGCCUAAGGGUCAACGCGACGUGUUCCGCGCCUCUCCGGACUCGGAUGCCUUCGACCAAUUCAUCAAGAGUCAGCGCGAGAUAUUCAUGCAAAGUCGCGACAUGUUCUCGUCCCAGCAUCAGCAACAACAACAGCAGCAGCAGCAGCACCAGCAGCACGAGUACAGAAGCGACUACCACGAUAAGUCUCGUAUCCAGGACUCGUUGAGUACCAAGGACUACUACGGGAAAGAUAUGGGAGACCUUGGCUCCUCCGCCACGAGGGACCGUAACUCGGACUUUGACUCACGCAGGGACCUCAGCUCCGACAUAUUCUCCGACACAAAGUACGCGAGAGACGUCUUCGACAGUUCGAAUGCCAAAAGGGAUCCUUUCGGCAUGGCGCGGGAUGUCUCGCCAAAAUCGAGAGACAGCUUCGGGAUGCCCUCGUCCAGGGACAUUGGCGUAGUGGCCAACACGCGCGACUCAUUUGCCGUGGCCAGGCAAAGUUUCAAGAAGCUCGACGGCGAUGCCGAUCGCCGAUCCAGCGUUGCAUCGACACUGGGCACACAGCGUACGGAUAAAAUGGAACGAAUCGAGAUCGAGGAAUGGCCAGAAUUCCUGAAACCGGUUCUGCCACCAGCCGAGAAGCCGGAAAUUGAAAAGGUCCAGGAGAUCGUCGAUACGAAACUCUAUCCACAAACAUCGAGCACCCACUUCACGUACAAUCGCGUCACCUGGACUCUACGCGUCAAGAAGGAGGUGUUUGCACCCAACGAGAAUCUGACCACUCCAUUAGCGUUGCAUCUAGUGUUCUGCCAAGUGGCGUACGAUGUCCUCGCCACCUCCAAUAUAAGAAUAUCCAAGGAGGACAGACAAAACAUGCUGAAGUUGCUUGAUAAUUAUGGGAUUACCCUGGACAAUCUGCAAAGUACACAACACAAGAUCACAAUCAAGAAAAACGUUGUCGACAUGGCCAAACAGUGGCCACUUUAUUUCGCCAGAAUAUUCCCCGUUUCGAUCGGGCCCCAACAUCCGGACGUCCAACAUGUCGCGGUAUCCCACCACGGAUUGAGAUUAAUCAAGAGAAGCAACAGCGGUGACCUUAUCAUCCUCGAGACUCUACCUCUUGAAGAGAUUAUCUCGGUCAGCAGUCAAAGGGCAGGAGUUUGCACCCUUCAAGUAGCGUCAGGCGUUCGGCUUCCUUUGCACACCACCAGGGCCGCACAACUCUCAGAAAUGAUUGGGAAAUACAUUCGCAUGAUCGAGCAGAAGCCAAUCCAUAAAAGUCUACAACAAGAUAACCACGUGUCCCAGAUAGGCAAGUCAAUAGUUUCUCAGGCCAAUCACACGGCUGCCCAUGGCCAUCAUUAUGGCUCCUCCUCAUCCCCGUCGACGAGUCCUCAGCAUCUCGGCGGCACCGAGCUGCAAAACGGACACGGGCGCAACGGUCACGGGCCGUCCAGUCACCUUGGUCACGCCGGCAACGAGAUGCAUUAUCAGAAGAACGGCAAGUCGCCGGGGACCUCUCACCAUCAACAGCAGCAGCACCAGCAGCACCAGCAGCACCAGCAUCAUCAUCAUCAUCAUCAGCAGCAACAGCAACAGCAGCAACAGCAGCAACAGCAGCUCGGCGGACAGAGCCAAGAGUGGCGUCAACAGGACGACGCGAGCGGGACUAACGAGGACAGUCUGUACGAGGGCUCCGGUCAACCGGUCGUCAACGACGGCAAGCACUCGCUCCUCCAGUACGCAAUGCUGAACUUCCGCCAGAGUACCGACAAGUUUGAGAUGCUGAAGACGGCCGACGGCUCGAUAAGCGGAUCUCUCAAGGUGAUCGAAUCGCUCAAGGGCAAGAAGAAGGGCAAAAAGAGCAAGAACCAGGACGGCGCCGAAUGGACGUGGAAGGAGCAGGUCGACCUCGUGAAGUAUUCGGCGGUGCCGAUCGAGCAGAGCCUCCUGAGGCUCGACAACGAGCUCGGCUCCUUGGCCGCGGAGUGCUUCCUCUGCCUCAUGCGCUACAUGGGCGAUCAGCCGCUGCCGCCCGAUAUGAGCGAAGUCAAAUGCGUCUACACGAUUCUAAUGCACUGCCAUAAAUUCGAACUCCUGCGCGACGAAGUCUACUGCCAAUUGAUGAAGCAGACGACGAACAACAAGAGCCCGAACCCUGACAGUUGCCAGCGGGGCUGGCGGCUCUUCAGUAUCGUCGCGGCUUACUUCACCUGCAGCGAGGGCCUCAAGCCCUACCUCAGCAAGUACCUCGAGACGGCGGCUUAUGACAAGAGGCGGGCGUACCAUGGCACCGCCACUGUCUGCCUGCAAAACCUUAGGAAAACGGUGAAGUACGGUGGCAGGAAGAACGUGCCGAGCGUCGAGGAGAUAAUGGCCAUCAGCGCGGGGAGGAACGCCAAGAGGCAGAUUUACAGGCUACCCGGUGGCACCGAGCGCGUCAUCAACACUAAAUGCACAACCGUCGUACAGGACGUGAUCGAGGAGAUGUGCAAUAUAAUAUCCGUUAGAAAUCCCCACGAGAUGGACGAAUUCUCGUUGUACUGUAUCGUAGACGGGGAUGCAUUCACCAUGCCAUUGGCAAGGGACGAAUAUGUGCUGGAUGUAACAACGGAGCUUCACAAGAAUCACCAACUGUUUUACUUAAUCUUCUGCAGGUCAGUUUGGUAUUAUCCAUUGCGCUUGGAUGCGCCACUAUACGUCGAAGUAGUCUUCAAUCAAAUCGCACCCGAUUACCUCGAAGGUCUAUUGUUAGUUCUGCCGGAGGAGCACUUACCUCAGGAAGUCAUUUACGAUAUGGCGCAAAUCGCUGCCUUACUUCAUAGAGCGGCGGACUUGAAGAACGAGCGGGAAGAACCAACGACAAAACGGAUUAAAUACUUACUACCGAAGCCAGCGCUUAGCUUAAGGGAGCCGAGACCCCAGCAAUGGGCCAACAUGGUCCAGCAAGCCUGGUCUAACGUGCAGCACAAUACGAUCGCAAGCUGCAAAGCUCAAGUGCUUGAGAUACUUUCAAAGUGGCCGCUCUUUGGUUCGAGCUUCUUCGCAGUGAAGAAAGUCCCGGAGGGAAAAGAAAAAGGCGGCGAUCACAUCUUGGCUCUCAAUCGACACGGCGUACACUUCAUCGAUCUUAUAACGCACGAAACGCUGUAUCACUAUCCGUACUCGGAGGUGAUAUCGACGCGCAAAGUUAAGUCGGAGGAGGGCACUUUGUACCUCGACAUGAAGUGCGGCAACCUAAUGCAGCAGCGCAUCACGAGGCUGCAGACGGAGCAGGCACACGAGAUAUCGCGUCUCAUUCGCCAGUACAUCACGAUGGAGCAGAGGUCGAGUAGCAACCAGGGAGUGGCUUCUCCGAUGGGUUUUGGGCUGAGAUAAAGUUGGGAAUGAAGGGCCGCCGAUGAUGAAAGCGAGGUGAAAAAAUUGAACGCGUAGUCAGUCGAGGCAAGGGCGAGGCCGCGUGCUUUAUGAAAUUGUCAAACGUAACGCUCAAGCAUAUCAAUCUAAUUUUAUCCGUUAUCACACAAUGUACAUACGCGUAGUAAUAAUUAGAUAACGAAGAGCCAAUCUUAAUUUUUUUUUAUACCUGUAAUUAGCUGAAGGCUAAGCACAUGGGGCUACUCGAGAUGUUGCGCGUUUCGUGAGUGGACGACGAGGUUCGAGGUUGAACGGCUUGGGGUGCGGAAGCCAGUCGUUCGCCGAUUAUUCAUAAGACUUUGUAUUCUACUGUCGCGAAUGUCUUCCAAUAAUCACAAGAUACUGAGAAAGAAAGAGAGAGAGAGAGAGAGAGAGAGA